AUGGAGUUAGUAGUAGGUGGUACCUGGAAUGAUAAUUUACAAAGGGAGGAAGUUGCGAACAAGGAAAGUGAUAAGCCAAAAACUGAGGAAGAGGUGGAUUUUGAAGUUGUUGGUGGGCUUGAUUCAAAAAGAAGAAUGUAUGGUAUUGGUUCUGCUGCCGAAUCAUACUUUGUAAAGCCUGCUACAAGCAAGAAAACUCAAAAGGCUUCGUCACAACAUGUGAUAAAUCUGGAAAAUCGUAUUGCUCAACUUACUUCAGAAAAUCAGCAACAAAAGGAACUUAUUGAUUCAACAGUAGAACAAAUGAAGCUACUUCAACAACAAUUUCAGAUAUUGAGUCAACAAGUGACAGGAUGCACACCUGCCGGUACACCAUUCCCUCCACCUUCUUUCGAUCCUAAUGGUUGUAGUUGUUAA